GACACUGUGGCUGUUUCCUAUGAUGUCACGGUGACAAGUGCACGAGGACCUCCUUUGCCUGACGUCAUCUGUCAUUCUGGCUUCCUGAGAAGUGACCCGGCCCUGCGGAAGAAAACAUGCCUCAUGACACUCAGCUGUAUCAAGACUUCCCUGCAACUUGUUGGCCAAUUGUUUAUUCCAGCGACUACAACAUUACAUUUAUUGGCCUUGAAAAACUUCAUCCAUUUGAUUCUGGGAAAUGGGGCAAAGUAAUAAACUUUCUCAGAGAAGAAAAGUUAAUCACAAAUGACACUCUUGUGACUGCUAGGGAGGCAACAGAAGAAGACUUACUAGUUGUACAUACAAGACGCUACUUAAAUAAGCUAAAGUGGUCAUUUGUGGUUGCUACAAUAACAGAAAUCCCACCUCUUGUCCUCCUGCCCAACUUCCUGGUUCAAAGAAGAGUUUUGAAACCACUGAGGACUCAGACAGGUGGAACAAUAAUGGCUGGAAAACUAGCCAUUGAAAGAGGAUGGGCAAUUAAUGUUGGUGGAGGCUUUCAUCAUUGUUCUGGCGAUAAAGGUGGAGGAUUUUGUGCAUAUGCUGAUAUAACAUUAGCUAUUAAGUUCUUAUUUGAACGUGUUGAAGGAAUAUCGAAGGCAACAAUUAUAGACCUGGAUGCUCAUCAGGGAAAUGGACAUGAAAGAGAUUUUAUUGAUGAUAAAAGGGUUUACAUUAUGGAUGUUUACAAUCGUCACAUUUACCCUGGAGAUACUAUGGCAAAACGGGCAAUAAAAAGGAGGAUUGAAUUGGACUGGGGCGCAGAGGACAAAGAAUACCUAGAGAAAGUGGAAACACAUGUGAAAGGAGCUCUAAAUGAGGUGACCCCAGAUGUAAUAGUCUACAAUGCAGGGACUGAUAUACUGGAUGGAGAUCCACUUGGAGGUCUCUCCAUUUCCCCUCAAGGCAUUAUAAAAAGGGAUGAGAUUGUGUUCAGCAUUGCCAGGAGUCGCUGUAUUCCUAUUCUAAUGGUCACCUCUGGUGGAUAUCAAAAGAGAACAGCACGGAUAAUUGCGGAUUCCAUUCUCAACCUCCACAACCUUGGCCUAAUUGAUAAAGUCUCGGCGGAGACACAUGAACCUAGGAUAUAAGACAAGAUUUAAAAAAAAAAAAGAAAUCUUGGUUUGCUAUGAAACUAAUUACUUGUGGCAAUAAUUUACACACUACAUUUUUGUUUUAAAAAAUGUAACUACAUUAAAAUACUGUGUAUUUAUUUGGGUGGAGAAACUGAGCCU